AGAGCACUCAAGUAUUCCGGAUAUUUUUUUCCGGUACCGAGAUCUAGUUUACAUAAAAAGCAAGAUGGCGUCGUUUGUGAAGUCUGCACGAGCAUGUCUGCGACCAGUGUCCGGUACAUGGUCGCAACAAGUGAGACUAAAGCACAAGUAUAACAGCAAGAAACCAUGGCUGAACCAGCGCUCUCACAAACACAGAAUAUUCCAGGUAGUCACACAGCCCCUCUAUGUAAAAGAGGAUUUUCCUGUCAGAGUCUGCCCUCAUUUAGACCAUCAGAAGAAACUUCUGGAGAGAAAAGGUAUCGAGAUGGGACCCGCUGAGGAGUUUAUUUAUAGGGGCUGUGAGCGAAUGUUCCGAGAAAACAAAAUGAUUAUCGUCUGUCAGAAUCUUCCCUGCCCUGCUGUCGAUGUAGCCAAGGCAAAAGGACUCCUGAAUAAAUCUGGGUUAAAACUGAAAGUGUUCAGUAACAAAUAUGCACGGAUGGCUGUGACAGGAACAGAAUUGGAGAGUAUGAAGCCGUGGUUUCAGGGGAGAAAUGUCUACAUUGUAUCUGAGGAGCAGAAUAUAAUGGCAGUGGUUAGAGAUCUCAAAAAAACACCAUUCUUACUGAUGUUAGGAGGACUAGUAGAUGGAAAAUUACUCACCAAGGAAGGCUUACUGAAGCUGUCCAAGUUACCACCCUAUAGAAGAGCUGAGAGGUGAACUCUGCAGCAUAUUAAACAUGGCCGCCUGGAGGCAAAACAUCAACUCUACUUCAAACACACCAACAGACUCUAGCUGCUAAUCUUGACCAACUGGUCAAGCAGGGAACUGCUGACCAGUCGAAACAGACAGUGGACGAAUGACCAGAUUUAAACUGUUAGGAAUAAGGAUCAAAAUGUUGUCACAAGAUGAAUACUAAAGACAAUUAUUGGUAUACCAAAGAGGAUUGUGGGUAAUAUAGAGGAUUGUGACCAUAGAGAAUUAUGGGUAUAAAUCAUAGAUGAUUGUGUGCCAAUGUCCAUCAACCACAGAGAGUUGUGCCCAUAUGAGUCAACAUAUGAUCAACCAUAGAGAUUUGUGUCAACAUGGAAACUUCUGUUUCAAUAUAACAUUAUGACCAACCAUCAAGAGAACUGUGUGUUGACAUAAAAGUUUGACAUUGAAAACUGUUGCCAGUCAAUAUGGGUCAACAUAUACUCAACCAUAGAAUCGUGUAUCAAUACGAGUCAACAUAUGACCACUGAUAGGUAUUUGUGAUAUAUAUGAUCAAAUAUAACUGGUAUAAUCAACCACUGAUAAGUUUGUACAUAUGAUAAACACUGUUGUCGACAUGGGUCAACAUAUAAUGAAAACUGUCAAGAUGUGAUCGGAAAAGUUUUACGACAAUGUUGGCUCACCAAGACUUUACUCAUGCUGUUGUUUCCUUGACAAAUUAAACCUCUUGAAUAUUUACAAAUUUUUUGUAUUUAAUCAACUCUUUUCAAUAAAUAAGUAAGUAUGUU